AAAGACCGCACCACACACAGAUGCCGGCAGUAAUCUCAAAAAAGGCAAAAUUCCAUCCACAGAUUGUUCUUUGUUUUGCCACAUGUCAGCACACCGGACGUGGCAUCCGCAUCCCGCAGCAGACCGGACUGCUUCGAUGAAGCCACAAACGUUAUAAAGAUGGCAGGCCCAGCGUUGAAACGUUUAAUGGCCGAGUAUAAACAGCUUUUAUCCAAUCCGCCAGAAGGAAUUAUGGCGGGACCCGUGAGCGAUGAUAACUAUUUCGAGUGGGAAGCCCUGAUUCCUGGACCCGAAGGGACGUGCUUCGAAGGGGGCAUUUUUCCGACCCGACUGACAUUUCCGUCCGACUACCCGCUGAAUCCCCCCAAGAUGGUCUUCACAUGUGAUAUGUUUCAUCCUAAUAUUUAUCCAGAUGGACGGGUAUGUAUCUCCAUUCUCCAUCCGCCCGGCGACGACCCGAUGGGAUACGAGACCAGCGCUGAGCGAUGGAGUCCUGUGCAGAGUAUCGAGAAGAUUUUGCUAUCGGUUAUGAGCAUGUUGGCCGAACCCAAUGACGAAUCACCAGCCAAUGUCGAUGCGGCCAAAAUCUAUCGGGAAAACCGCGAGGAAUUCAAGCGAACGGCUCAGCGCUUGGCAAGGAAAUCCCUGGGGAUCGAUUGAAAGCGACUUUUCUUCUAAAGAACGAUUUUGCUUAAAGAAUUUGUCUGCCAUCGUCAUAGGUACAACUGUACUAGGUUUUUAAUUGAAGUGUCGAAGUUUUUCGUAAUCAGUGAUUGUUUCACAUCUUUCUGUUUUUGGUUUUCCGAUAUAGUGUGCUUUGUUUUGGGGCUACCGUUACCUUGAUGCAGUGUCUAAUUCUAUGCAAACACCUAAUUUUUGUCAGCAUGGUGCAGCAUUUUCCUGUUAUUUCGAGGUUUUUGCCGUUGCUGCAUGGAUUCAGUACUAUCGCUUUUGCCAGAUCUUUGCGCUUCUUAAUAAAUAAUUUUUGCUUG